CUUUGCAACCAAAUACAAUUAUAUAUAUAAAUUUGUGAUUGCGUUUAAUUUCUUAACAUUUCGAUACAUAUCAAAAUUACUAUUUGAAAUAUAUUUAAUGGCAAGUUCAUCCACACAUGAAGUCUGCAGAGCAGCUGGUUUACCCCUCUGUGAACCUGAGUCAUCUACUUCCGUAGAUGAGGUUCAUCCGUUUAGGAAAAUUCUGUCACCACAACCGGCAAAGACUUUACUGUGUGACUGUGUUUUUGGAGACGACGGCGAUGAUGAUGAGGGGGGUGAGUCGGAGCUGAGUCUGGAGCAGCCCCUAACUGAAGGGGAUGAUCUACAGCUGGAAGAUAUACAGGAUGAGCUGGAUAAGAAGAAGGCGUUCGUUGAUCUCAUCGGCAAGCGACUAAGCCUGCAGGUACCCGACUGCCCCAUUGGGGAUGUCUGUGUGGACAAGCAGCUGGAACUGAACAAUUUUGACACCCAUCCCGAGAUUCUCGAGCUACAGCGCAACAAUCACAAGCUGAGCCUGCAGAUCCGUGCGCUGCAGCACAGCUGCACGGCUACUGAUGCAUCCCUGAAACACUUGCGCAUGCUUCUGGACCGCGAAUUGGAGGCAGCCGUUGUACUGCAGCGUCGCCUAGAUCGGCUGGACUCCGUAAGGCGCACCAUGGAGCACGAGCAGGCGCUGUGCCGCCAGCGCUAUCGCCAUUUACAGGAGGACAAGUACGAGUGGCAGGAUUGCCAUGCGUACAUCAAGCGGAGCCGAGAGGAGGCAUCGCUGGAGCUGGUGAAGUUUGUGCCACGCUUGGAGUACAUCCAGCCCAAACACGAUGCUGUCCAGCUGCUCAAUCAGACCAAGCGGCUUGGGAAGGAGUUGCACGAAUUUCUCGUCGAGAACAUGGCCAGGCUGAGCCUGCGACUGGGCCUGCGUGCCUCCACAGGCCACCACGCCGAGCUGGGCAACAAUCCGCGGCUGGGCACGUUCAUUUCCGAGUUCCUGCAACGCAACGAGAGACUCUUUACCGAGGCGACGCCCUAAAGCGAAAUCUGCACCAAAUUGUUCAAUUUGUCAUGGCAAGUGAAUGUGCCAUAAGGCGACAACAGUGGACCUAAACCUACCAUCGAGUUCAUUUGCAUUUGCCAUAAAUGGUAGGGGAGCCAAACAUAACGAAACGCCUUGAUUAUGUUGUUGUUGGUGUUUGGUGGGUGUGCUUGACCAUUUGAAGCGGUCGCAUCCACGUGACGCCAGCUGCUGCAAAUGUUAGCCAUUUCGAAUACCCUUGCUGAGGGUCUUCCAGCUUCAUGUGACGUAAAAAUAGAAAUCGAAAUACAUCGCCGAUUUCGCAAGCGGACAAUAAACAUUGUGUAUUAAUAUUUAAUAAUAUAUUUCAAUAUUUAUAUUUA